AUGGCGCCGACAGCAAUGGGGGCGUCGAGCACGGGUGUCGGUGGUGUUGCGGUUAAUGGAGCGGGUGGCAGUACGUCGGGUGAUGCGCCUGGCAGUUUAGAAGAAGCGACACAGCGAUACCAGACUACCAAGCUGGGCUUGCGCACUGGACUUGCCAACAAACGACUGAUUGAUCGGUCACUGGUGGAUCUGGAAUCACAGAUCUAUCUGUUCGAAGGCUCGUAUCUGCAAUGCACCGCAUCGUCGGGUGGCAAUAUCGUGAAAGGGUUUGAUGGAUACCUGAAGAACUCAUCCACCUCAACCGCCACUGCACGCACUGCGCAUCCCACGCUCCUCGCCGACAUCCCACUCGAAGACCGAAUCUUCUCUCUCUCCUCUGCAACCUACCAGAAGAGUCUCGAGUUCAAGGCCAACGAGUCACUCACCGAACAAGAGCGCGACUCGGAUAUCACCCCGAAAAGCUCCAAGAACUCCACCACUCCCGCUGACCUCGCAUCCUCUACACCAACCCCAGUGAUCAAAAAGAGCAAGAAGGACAAAGACACCGCGUCAACCUCUGCAGCUACCAAUACGCCAUCCGUCAAGAAGAAGAAGGACAAGGAUGCCACCAAGGAAAACGAGCGCAGCGCUACACCGCAGAUCAAAAACACACCCGCAGCUGGCAAGAACGCCGACGCUGCCAAUCGCGCUUCAACGCCCACCAAGAGUAUCGCUCCAGCAGGUGGCAAGGCUGCAACCACAAGCAAGCUCAAGCGGAAACUCACAGACGCUACGACCAGCGCUGCUACUGCAUCCACGACGAAACCAGUCAAGAGGAAAAAGGACGAGGAUUGA